AUGAAAGUAAAACACAAACUGUCCAACAUUUUACUUAUUACUUAGAAUUAUCGUAGGCUCCAUUUUGUCAACACCUACCUCCUUGGAUUCAUCCUGGAAAGAACACGCAUCACCCAAUGUCCACACCUACGCUCAUUCAUUUGGAAAAUGAAAAAGGUUAUAGAGAAUUUGCUUAGAAACGGAAUUUUCAUCUGUGUUCCUCCUUCACUCUCAUAUACUUAUUGUUUCUAGUUUCUUUAUGGGGAUACUGAGCGAUCGAUUUUCUGAUUUUAAACAGUAGAUCGAGAUAUAUGUUUCUUCUCAAACAUCGUCAUGAUGUCGUUACCAUCAACUUCCUCAUGCAUUUCUAAAAAGGAAUAUGAUGUUUUCUUGAGUUUUAGAGGUGAAGAUACUCGCACAAACUUCACAGAUCAUCUCUACAAAGCUCUAAAGCGGAGUGGGAUUGUCACUUUCAGAGAUGAUCCAAAGCUGGACGCCGGUGAAGAGAUCGCACCUGAACUCUUUAAAGCAAUUCAGCAAUCAUGGUGCUCGGUAAUCGUUUUCUCCGAAACCUAUGCCUUUUCAAGUUAUUGCAUGAAGGAACUUGGUGAGAUUGUUGAACAAAAAAACAAGGGUCAUAAAGUGUUUCCAAUUUUUUACAAUAUUGAUCCAUCCGAUUUAAGAAAACAGAAAGGAAAGUUAAUGAAGCCCUCGCCCAACAUGAAGAGCGAUACAAGAAAGAUAGAGACAAGAUCCAAAAGUGGCGAAAAGCUUUGA